AUGUCAGAGGAGUUUCAGCUCUUCAUGAAAAGGAACGGUAUCCUUCACACAACUGGUGCACCGCGGCAUCCAGCUACCAAUGGCCUCGCUGAGAGGUAUGUUGCUACAUUCAAAGCAGGCAUGAAGAAGCUGGACGGAGAGGACUUGAAUGUUGAGGACAAGGUCUCACAUUUCCUACUGCGGUAUCGCACAACUCCCAACAGUGCGACUGGAGAGUCACCCGCAGAUUUGCACCUAAAGAGACAUAUGCGUUCGCGGUUGGAUUUCCUAAGGCCAAACAUCGCCAUGAGGGUGCGGAGGAGGCAGUAUCAGCAGAAGGAGGAGCACGACAGUCGGGCUACCGAGAGACAGUUUGAUGUGGAUGAUCCUGUGUAUCUACGCAAUACUGCAGGUGAUAAACCCAAAUGGAUCCCUGGAGUAGUUACACAGCAGACAGGUCCGGUGUCGUACCGGGUGCAGGGAGAGACAACUGACCAAGUGUACAGACGUCACGGAGACCAGUUGCGACCUCGGUAUCCUCAGGAGGUUUCAGACCCAGAGCCUCUAGGAGCAACUCAGUCAGCGGAUCAGGAGAGUAACCUUGCUGGGCCAGUCUCCACAGCACCUGCCCCACAACCGUUUACGUUGGACCAGCCUGAGCCGCCUGAUCCAGAAACAGUGACUUUGAGGCGCUCGGAGCGUGCGGCUAGGCGGCCGUCACGCUACAGAGACUAA